AUGGAAAUUGGUAACAGAGAAGGAGAAGUGUCAGCGUAUUGUAUCCUUGCAGGUGUUCGUUAUUUGUUACAUGAUUAUCAAAUGGCCAAAAUAUACGUCAAGAAGCAGAUUUUUAUCAGCACUGAGAUUGGUUACAGAAUGCAACAAGCAGAGACAUUCCUGGCAAAAGCACGUAUACUUCAACAUGGCAAACAAAACAAAGCUGUAGAAUGCAUUGAGAAGGCCCUCUCAAUAACUAGUGCUAUUGGCGACAUUAGAGGCGAUUUUGAAGCCUUACUUCACCUCUCUCGCAUUAAAAUGUUGCAAUCAAAGUUCCAGGUAGCGAAGUCUUAUCUUUAUGAAUGUAUUGCCAAAUAUGAAAAAUUGCGACAUUCCCUGCACGGAAACGAGCAGUUUCAAGUAUCUCUUUUAGAACAUGGUGGACGUUUUCCAUACAAGAUGCUCAGUGAAUUACUUUGUUAUUCCACAAAUCCUAAAGAAGCACUUUAUGCCGAGGAGCUGACACGGGCUCGGUGCUUGGCAGAAUCAAUGGCACUCAACUUUUCCGCUGAAAAUCACAUCUCAUCUGAUCCCAAAUCAUGGUUCGGGAUUGAAGAGGUUUUAAGUAAAGAAGACAACUGUACUAUCCUGUACAUUUCGUAUUAUGACCGAACUGUUCGAUUGUGGGUUUUGAAAAGUAACGGAGACACUUUAUUCCGAUCUUCCGAAGAAGUGGAUGACAAGACUCUCAUAGCGGAGAAAGCUUUCAAUUUAAAUAGCUUUUUCGACCAAGGUCUCCGCGGCUUUGGAAUUUUACCUGCCCAUAAAUGCGAAGAUCGAUCUUUGAGUGAAACCAUGCCGAUGUCACUUCACGACCAGAGCGAAGCAGAUUUGCGAGGAGAGGAAACCCCAGAAACAACAAGAAGACUUAAUUUGUGUUUCAAACUCAUCAUCACUCCAGUGGCCGAUCUACUUACAGAGCCAGAGAUCGUCAUUGUACCCGAGCGUAGCUUGUACCGAGUCCCAUUUGCAGCCUUAAGAGACCAAUCAGACGGUAGAUACAUAUCGGAGACUCAAAGGAUUCGCAUCGUCCCUUCCUUGACGACUCUUAAGCUCAUUCAGGACUGCCCAGCAGAUUUUCAUAGCGAGACCGGUGCAGUAGUUGUUGGUGACCCCAAGGUAGGAAAGGUGUAUUACAUGGGAGGUGAAAGGACAUUUGUACCGUUGCAUUGUGCAAGAAAGGAAGCAGAGAUGAUCGGAGAACUGCUCGGAGUUCAGCCUUUGUUGGGAGAGCGUGCAAAGAAGCAGGAAGUACUUCAGCGAUGA